UCUUCUCAGAUUCACACAUUUCCUUGUCUCCUCUGUCGUGAUCUGUGCGUUUUUGCAUCAUAUGGCACCUUUCUGUCUUUCUCCCUAUUUUUACACUCUGUUGUUCCCAUGCAGUAACCUUCUCCUCUCAGCCCUGCACUCUCUCCCUCUCACCCUCCUUUCAGUAACUAACACUGAAUUCAUUCUCACUCGCUGGUCUGUUUGGAGUCUCGUCUCUCCCUGAUUUCUUCUCUCUCUUCUCUUUUCAUACCUUCUUUCUCUCCAUCUGUCUCUUGCUCUGGUGCCCUGUAUGCCAGAGUGGAUUCAGCAUGUAACAUCCACAGUCUGGCUGUUAAACAGAGCUGUGGCAGGUGGGAUCGCUGGACCCAGUCAGUCUCCCCUCCUUCUCUCUCUCUCUCUCUCUCCCUCUCCCUCUCUCUCUCUCUCCCUCUCUCACUUGCUCCUCAUUUCUCUGUCCACUUUUAUUCAUUUCUGUGUAUGGACAAGUAGGGCUAAUAUGGGUCUUUUUAUACUUCUAAUGCUUCUGUGUUUCCAGUGGACAGCUGCCCCUGCUGCUGAUGAAAUCACCUGGACUUACACUGGCUUGGUGGGUCAGUCUGAGUGGUCCGCGUAUUUCCCUGACUGCCGUGGUACAUCUCAGUCCCCAAUUGACGUGGUAACCACCCUGACGAAAUAUGACCCCAGUUUGAUCCCUCUGACCCCGCUGGGCUACAGUCAGCAUGGCAACAAGCCCUUCACUCUGUACAAUAAUGGACACACAGCUGUGAUUGAGCUGCCAGAGUGGAUGGGACUGGGGGGGCUGCCCUGGCUCUUUACAGCUGUACAAAUGCAUCUUCACUGGGGCAGCGGCGGCCCGAGCCAUGGGGGCAGUGAACACACCAUCAACGGACUGAGUGCAGAUGCAGAGCUUCACGUGGUUCACUACAACUCUGAACUCUACCCCAACAUGUCUGCAGCAAUGACACAGAAGGACGGCCUAGCUGUUUUAGGAAUUCUCAUCGUGACAGGUGAGGAGACGAACCUGGCAUUUAACAGCAUCCUCAACUACCUGAGCCGCAUCAGACAUGCAGACCAGAAAGUGCCCAUCCCAGCCUUUGACGUCCAAUCCCUGCUCCCUAAGGACCUGGGACGCUACUAUCGCUACAAUGGCUCCCUAACGACGCCGCCCUGCUAUCAGAGUGUGAUCUGGACGGUGUUCCAUGAGAGGGUUCAGAUCUCAAAGGCACAGCUGCUGAAAAUGGAAACAAUACUUUACUCCAGUAAAGCUGAUAAUCCCGACAGGAUGCUGCUGCAGGACAACUACCGUGCAACACAGCCGCUCAACCACAGGGUCGUCUUUGCUUCCUUCUCUGCAGAAGCAUGGAAGGAGCUAUCUUCUGGUGAAGUCACAGCCAUAGUGAUAGGAGUGAUGUGUGGCUGUGUAGGUCUGGCAGUAAUUAUUCGCUUCAUCGUGAAGACAAUACGAUUUUUUAGACUCCUCCACCGUGAAACAGUCGUGGUAAACAGCUCUACCUCUAGCUGGGACGUCCUGCCCAGUAACCGGCCUGCUCCCAUGCCAAGGAUGAAGGAGCCAGAGAAAGCAAAGGAGAAAAAACAAGACAUGGCUCUGAACUCGACCUCUGAAGCAGAAAAGAAAGAAGAGCCCUCAUCGCCUCUUCAGACCGAGCCCUAGCUGACAGCAUGGACCACUUCAGGCCUUGUUCAGACACUCAAACGCUCUCUUCUUCCCUCCAGUCAUGAUGUUAUCAAUGAUCCAUGUCUCCUCAGGGGACAGUUAGCAAACAUGUUCUCACAACAUGUCAUAAAAAGCAGCAGGAAAAACCAUUUUAUAAACAGUGAGGGAAGGAUGUAAACUGGACACAGGACAAAUCACCUGCUGCCCUGAUCUGAUUUUUCCACCCAAAUUCAGAAAAGUUGGCAGUCUUGGUAUCAGACAUUUCUUCAGUUUGCACUUGAAGCACAUGGUGUAAAUAUGUCAGUUUGCUGGCUCCGAGUUGUAUGUUUGCUCUUGCAAUGCCUGGGUUGCAUGAUUGGUUCAUGUAAAUACUUUGUAAAAUAUAUAUUUUGUUGUUUUUUUCACAUUUGGCUGUUAUUUCAUCUUGUUCAUCCUGCCUUGAAACACAAACACACUGUACUGUAUGAAAUGUUAUAGACUCGUUUAUUGUUUAAGUAAUAAUCAAUAUAAUGUUGACAUUAAAACACACAAGAGUUAAAGCAGAGUAAACUAAAAUUGUAUGAUUAAAGUCUAAAGUGAUUUGAAGCACGUUUGAUUUGUAUAUAGUGAUGCUGUCCGAACAUAUUGGCUCUGAAUUUAAAUCAGCAGAUUAUGUUGUAAAUGGAUGAGUUAUAUUUAUCUACAUGUGUUCAUUCUCUUGGAAGAAUGAUUUUCGGUGCCAUAUCAUUGUCUGAAUGAUGUUUUUGCUGUAUAUAAAUUGUCAGUAUGGGCACCACAUUAAAACACCUGAAUGUCCAA